AUGUUCACGCCAGUACAUACCACGUUCGGGGCGUUGAUGCUCUUCCAGGGCUCUACAGGAUUGCUGUUGCACAAUGGGGCGGUUUUCGGCAUUUCUUCGCUCCUGUCGGGCGCUCUUUUGAAUCCGACGAGGGAUAAUGUGGCUCUCAUUGCUGGUCUAGUGUCAAGUGUUGUCCCCGUCGCUCUUUUCUUGCCGUCUGCCAUCCCAUCAUAUCCCACUGCACCAAGUUCCUGGGGGUCGUGGCUCUUGACCGUGGGCCAUGGGUUUCUGCUGGGAUGGGGUACAAAGAAUGGUCGAGGUUGCACGUCCGGCCACAUGCUCUGUGGCAUUUCUCGAUUGUCGCCACGCUCGUUCAUUGCUACCGCUGUCUUCUUCACCACCGCCCUACUGACAGCCAAUUUCUUCGCGGGCGGCUCCAACAUCCCCCCAUGUGCCGGUGGAACGCCCUGCUACAUGCCCGUCUAUCCGUCGACUGCGGAGUUCGCCGUCAUGCUCACCACCACAGUAGUUACAUCCGUGAUGAACUUUGUCGUCGUUCCCCGUGCCCUCGAGAGAUCCGAGCGCUCAAGAACUAUAUUUUCGUAUCUGGCGGGUCUGGAAUUUGGCGUAGGACUGCUGUUCUCUGGAAUGGCUGACCCAGCCAAGGUCCUGCGGUUCUUUGCCUUCCUGUCUGACCCUUCGCGAUUCGAUCCAUCACUGGCACUUAUAAUCCUCUUCGGAAUCGGCCCGUCACUGAUAAUCUUUUUGUCGACCAAACCGGGGAAAAAGACCGAUAACAAAGCGGAACAGUCCACACCCACUCUGGCGGCACAAUGGAGACUCCCCACUGCGACUGUAGCCGAUAUUGACUGGAAAUUUGUGGCAGGCGGAGUCGCUUUCGGCCUCGCCUGGGGACUACGCGGAGUAUGCCCCGGUCCAGCCAUCCUGCGCAGUGUGCUCCAGCCGGUUUGGGGGCUUGCAGAGAUGACUGGUUUUAUGCUCGGAAAUCUGAUGUGA